AUUCUGGCAUUUGUCUUUUCGCUCUCGAUGCGGCGAACAUUGCGUCGAGAUUUCGACCGAAUAGGACGAAAUCCUUUAAUGCGAGAUAUGGUGAUCUUAGUUGGACUGAGUUGUUUACUUCCUGUAAUACUAGCUCUUCUAGAUGCUUCUCCUGCCGUCGGUCUGCCAUCUGAUAAAUUAUACCGAGUGAAGAGACAGGAAACAGAUUUCAAAUGUCCUCUGCAAGAUGGCUUAUUUGCAGAUCCGGAGACUUGCAAGAAGUUCUACAUUUGUUCCGGCUUCUACCCUUUCUCACAAAAUUGUCCCUCGUCGCUCUACUUCGAUGACGUCAAGAAAUUUUGCACUCGGAAGACAAAGCAGCUGGUGUGCGGACCCACCGAUUCUCCACAACCUACCGACUCCACAACUCCAGAUCCUUCAGCAAUUCCUGAAUGUGACCCAGCAGCCUGCGUUUUGCCCGAUUGCUUCUGCAGCUCCGAUGGAACCCGAAUACCAGGAGGCCUAGAACCUACGGAAACUCCUCAGAUGAUUCUACUGUCCUUCGACGGGGCGAUUAAUUCUCUGAAUUUUGAUCAUUAUCGAUUGCUUCUGAAUAAAUCCAGGACAAACCCUAAUGGUUGUCCCAUCAAGGGUACGUUUUUCGUCAGUCACGAGUACACGAGCCAUUACCACGUGCAGAAGUUCUACGCAGACGGCCAUGAAAUUGCAAUACAUUCAAUCAGCAAUCGCUCUCCCGAAGAAUGGUGGGAGAAGGCUUCGUACGAAGAUUACGCCGAAGAAAUGGUGGGGCAGAGAGAGAUCUUGCACAUGUUCGCUAAUGUUUCCCGAGAUUCUUUGUUGGGAAUGAGAGUUCCUUAUUUGCAUCCGGGAGGAAACGAAAUGAUGAGUAUGGCGUACGACUACGACUUCGUUUACGACUCUUCCAUCACCGUCCCCAAGACGUAUACCCCUAUCUGGCCCUACACUUUGGAUUACAGGAUUCCACACAAGUGCAUGCAGGGCUCGUGCCCUACUCGAUCUUUCCCUGGUUUGUGGGAAAUACCUCUGAACACGCUGUUCAGCGAGGAUGGGACGGGCGGCAUGUGCAGUCUGGCGGACCAGUGUGUUUUUCAAGAGAACGAUGAUGAAUCCGUUGAGCAGUUUUUGAAGGAUAACUUCAACAGGCAUUAUAAUACAAACCGAGCACCGCUGGGUCUGUAUUUUCACGUUAAUUGGUUUACCGAUCGAAACAAGACUAAAGUCCUCUUAAACUUUGUGGACAACCUACUGUCAAAGAACAAGGACGUGUGGUUUGUGACAAUGCAAGAGCUGGUAUCUUGGAUGCGACAACCAACCAAAGUAACCAAUCUCAAUUCUUUCGCUCCUUGGGCCUGCGAAAAAAGGGAAAGCUCUUGCAAUCUACCCAAAAACUGUCCAGUCCCUUUCGUACAGGAGGGCUUUCAGGAGAUGAGAUACAUGCAGACUUGUGCAAAAUGCCCUCCAAAGUAUCCUUGGGUAGGUAACUUUGAAGGCGCUCAAGAGGGUCAUAAGAUUAUAGACCUAACACGUGACGUUGAAGAAGAAAGCAAGAAGAGAUGAAUGAAAGAUAGAGGACGUAACUAGCUGGUAAAAAAAUUGCCAGCUGGGAAAAAAUUGUCUCCUGCAUGUCAAAGAAAGAAAUCGUUUCGAUUGUUCAAUAGCAAAUAUAUGUUUUAUAACAAUGUAUAUUACUUGUUUUUAUAUACAAUCAAAUCUCCUUUUUUUUAUAACAAUGUAUAUUACUUGUUUUUAUAUACAAUCAAAUCUCCUUUUUUUAUAACAAUGUAUAUUACUUGUUUUUAUAUACAAUCAAAUCUCCUUUUCAGGUCACUCAGCCUUAUUAGGUCAGAGAUUUUUCUUGCCACCAAUUCUUCUAUUUCGUUUCUAUAUAAUAUACACCGUCUCCAUAAAAGUCCUUACUUGGCCUUUAUUUUCGCAACCGUUGGUUGGAGACAUAUACUUACAUUUACAGAACAGUUUUAAAUGAUACAAAUAUAUAGUUUUUGUACUUUUUAAUUAAAAGAAAUAAAUUUUGUAAAAUUUACGAAAAAGAACGCUUUAUUAGCAACACUUAAAUAUAGGAAAAUUAUAUACAUAAAAUGCAAAAGGUAUGGAUCCCGUACGACAAAAAUUGACUCAGAUAUUUAUUUCCUUUUAAAUUUGGGGAUCAUAUUCAGGGGUCGUACACAAAUUAGAAAGCGAAAUGCUUGUGUUUGUUCGUAACUGAAAGAAAAAUGUCAGUUUAGAAAAUAUAUCUGAUAUUAGGAAGUUAAGCGACGAGCAAUUCUAUGCAGAUUUUCAUGAAAAAUAUUGAUCAGUAUAAUUUUAUUCAAAAAGGCACUGUUGCUCACAGAAUGUUGUAGAAUUCAUGUUCUAGAAAACACUACCGUGCUUAGUAUUAUUAUUAUAAAUUAUUAGCAGAAAACACUACCGUGCUUAGAAAUCAAUCAGAUAAUUUAAUCACUAAAAUCAAUUAACAAAACCAAAAUCUGUCAAUCAAGAAGACAAUCAAAUAUGAACUCCGCAUUUCCUUAGGGAAGCAAGUAGAUAUGCUUUCCAGGUUCCAUUGCAACUUCUUUCGUAAUUCCAUCACUGCCUUCCGAAUGGGGGAAGAAAUUCUUUACAUAUUUUACCAGUUUCUCCUCCAUUUCCUGACAAGUAGCGAACACAUUUCUAUUUGAGGAAGAAAACUUAAAGUUAUAUUUAGAAUUUUCUACAUCCAAUGUAGAUAUAUUUUGAAAUUUAUUAGGCGGAUGAAUAACUUCUGAUAAUAUUGUUAGUUUUAGUUUUGUUUUUUAUUUGUUCUCUUCCUAUAGUUAUAGUCGUAAGAGUGAUUAUAAUUGCUUUGUUUUAUUCAGUUAUAACUUGUUUAAUUCUAUACAAUAUUUAAUGUUAGUUAAAUACAAUAACUUAAUUGAAUAUACAUAAUUAAGUACAAUAUUAUUUAAGUGUAAUUAAUAAUUCUUAAUUUUAAAAAAUUUAAAUUAUUAACUAAUGCAAUACUUAAUAAUAAAUUACACAAUAUUUGAAUUUAAUUAUUAAUUAAAUCAGUAUUAAUAGCAGAUUAUACAAAAUUUUAUGAUAAAUUAUACAAUAUUAAUUAAGCUAAAUAUUGCAUUUAAUUAGUAUUUAAUAAUAAAUUAGAAUUAUAAAUUAUCUUGUAUUUAUUGAGAGAAUUAGACAUUCGAUUCAGCCGCUUAUCAUUCGAUUGUCGGUAAAUAUAGUUAGCUGGUCAUUUAAGUUGGAUUUGAAUGAAUGAUUAAAAGAUUAAGAAUUGGAAGAUCUGUAUCAUCUUUAGUUUUACAAAGAGCAUUGCUAGUUUUGGAACCUAAGGUCUCUGUAAUUGAUGGAAGUUCGUAAUGUUAGUGCGAGGAAAUUUCAUAGAAAGGGCCGAACAAAAACUCAUUUUAAACAGUUUAGAAAUCGCUAAAAUGUACACACUGCCUAUUGAAAAGCAAUUUCAGAAAAUGCGAAAUUUUGUAGAAUUGGAUCAAUAGUUAGUAAAGAAAUCAAACAUCAGUUUCAAGGUAUUUUAAUCUUGAUUAGUAUUAUGAUAAGUGUCAUCUUGAAAGUGUUUUAAAAUGUACUUUAGUACUUAAUAUAGAUUAUUAUUUAUAGUUAUGCUUUACUUAUUUAAAUAUUUUGCUGUUUUGUUCCAAAAAGCCUUUUGUUUUUACAACUCCAGAUGAAACGUCAUUCUGGAAAAGCCAGUUUUUCGUGUUCCACAUGUGACCCUUUAAGGAGGUUUGACUGCAUUGUUAUCAGCGUUUCUGUUACGUGAACAUUUAUAAUUAAUGAGACGUUUGGCAAAGCUUUUUAUUGUAAAAAAUUGUUAUCAGAUUUGUUUCAUUUAUUUUAUAAGAAUAAUAGACCUUAUCGAAAUUUCUAUGGCGAAACAUUUUAUUAUAAAAAUUGUUAUGAUGUAUUAUAUCUCUGUUAAAUGAAUAUUAGGCCUUAUCAGCAUCUCUAUUACAAGAACUUUAGUUCUUAUCAGUGUAUUUUUUACAGGAGCAUUUAUGAUUAAUGAGCUAAAUGACAAAAUGUUUUAUUACAAAAAUCGUUCUCAGUUUUAUUACAUCUCACUUGCAGGAACAUUAAAUCUCAGCUUCUCAAUUAACUAAACUUUAUGAUUAAUGGUGAAAUAUUUUAUUAUAAAAUUUAUUCUAUUUUAUUGCAUCUGUGUCCUUAACUGAUCCUAUCAGAAACUCUUUUUCAGGAGUAUUAUAUAUAAGCAGCAUUUCUUUAUACUAAAAUUUAUGAUUGAUGAGAUAAAUGGCGAAAUGUUUUAUUAUAAAAAAUUGUUUUAAGUUUUAUUGCAUCUCUGUUAGGAUGAAUGAGCUAAAAUAGUGAAAUGCAUGGAAAUUAUUCUCAGUUUUAAAGCAAAAGUGUUGUUUCUGUGUAUAAAUGCUAUUACUUACAUAAUAUGCACACUGGUCGCUUGCUGAUUGUCCUUGAAACUUAUGUGCAUUUCGACUCAAUAAUCAAUAUGUACAUUUUUCUCUAAGGAAUGUUUCUCUUAGCAUUUUUUCAAACUUUAAACCUGAAACGAAGCUGUUUUGAAGAAUUCAAAAUGCUUCAAGUCAUGUAAUAUACUGAUAGCAGUAUUCUUCAAAGUAAGUUGUCUGUACAAAAUUCGAAUUUUGUGUGAAUUUUUUGUUUCUGUGAACGCAAAACAUGGAUUGUAUUUGCAUCUUACAGCUAGAGAUUUUUGGUUUUUAUUCAUAUAUGGCAUAACUGCAUACAUAAAUUUUAUUUUUGUACCCAUUAUUUUGUACAAAUAAAACUUUAUUUUUCAAACAGUGA